ACAUGUACGGAUGGCAAGCGCACACCCAUUGGAUCCAGAGCCUGAUGAGUGAGUGCUAAAAACAAGGGGUGUGCGUCCUUAAAUUUUGAACCCCGACGCCCGCUUGGCUGAUGAGAGCGGAGCGCCACAACGACGGCAGGUGUGGACGCAAUGUCUGGGCGCUCUUCUUUUGGCGCUCUUCGUGUCUUGGCUUCACGCACGUUGCGACAGAGGCAGCCUCCAAACUGAGACUCCGACAGGCCUGGCGGGAUGCUUGCCAGGACAUACAUAGCAGACCUUUCCGUUCCUAUAAAAGGGGCGGUGGGGGGGGUCGAGGGUGUCGUUGCGUUCUCCAAAACACCCCCCGCUCUCCUUCGCUCAUAGUCCUGUGAGCGCUCAACAAUACAGCCUACAUUGGAAAAGAGCGCAAUGGGAUAUCAUUCCUCCCUCGCAACCGCCGCCGUCGCCGCAGUGCUGACCGCCUCAUGCAGCGUUCUGGCGGCACCGACGCCUCCAAGUUCCGCAGUGCAAUGGCAACCAUGUGCCGCCACCUCCCUCGACUCCACCUUACCCGGCGACAUCCAAACGCGGCUGGAGUGCGCGGCGUUCAGCGUGCCGUCCAAUUACGCUGCCGCUGAUGGUGGUGCGUCGUCGCACUUGUCGAUCCAGCUGGCCAGAUUGCCGGCCAAGAACACCACGACGCCAAAAGGGGGGAUCUAUGUGCUUCCGGGCGGACCGGGCGAAGCCGCUAUCGGGUAUCGGUCAUACCUUGCGUCGCCGGUGUUUGCCUCUCUUAAUGGCGACCACGACGUGACAAUCGUCGAACUGCGCGGGACGGGAAACUCCACGCGGCUCGACUGUGGCAUGGCCGUGCAGAACGCAACGCAAGCCAGCGCCUGCCUCGGGAUCCUCAAGCAGCAGGGUCUGGCAUUGACCGACUUUUCCACCGAUAACGCCGCCCGCGACCUCAACCAAGUCAUCACAGCGACGGCGCGCGCCGGGUCGACGGUGACCGUGUACGGCCUCUCGUACGGCACGUGGCUCGCCCACCGCUACGUCCAGCUGUUUCCGGGGCAGGCCACCGCCCUUGUGCUGGACGGGUUGGUGCCGUACUGGACGCGGUUUGCGGACUCGGUGUCGACCUAUGAUGAUGGGUUGGCUGUGCUGGGGGAGAUGUGCGAUGGCAACGCCGCGUGUAAGACGCUGUAUGCGACGGCGGGGAGCGAGGGCGGCACCACCGUGCAGAAGAUCCGCGAGGUUCUCCGCAAUCUGACGAUGACGGGCACGCAGGGCAGUUCACCACCCCCACCCGCCAACAACGCGUGUUACGACGCCGUUCCCGCCGAACUGCGGCGCAUGCUUCCGCUGCUGUUCACCACCCUCGCCAACGUCACCAUCGACAGCAAGCCGUACGACACGCGCGUGCUCCUGCUCGAGAUGCUCGGGCGCCUCCGCCGUUGCUCGGACGCCGGCCAAGACGCCAGUUUCCUCCGCGCCGCCACCACGGGCCUCGCGCCGCUGGCCCAAAGUGCGGGAGCGCAGAUGCAGGCCCCCAAACCCGUCGCUGAGCAGCCCUCCCCACUCAUCGCGGUGAAUAUCGUCCUUUCCGAAUGGUGGACAACCCUCGCCGACGCAACCGCCGCCCAACACAACGCCACCAUCGCUAACGACCUCGCCCCCGUCCUCGCAGCCGUCGCGCCCGUGUGGCCGACCUACCCCGCCCCGCCGCGCACACCCCUUACGUCAAGAUUCGGAGGCCGCGUGUUGGUGCUCUCCGGGCAACUGGACCCGCAGACACCCGUCACGCACGCGCGCCGGACUGUGGGCGAGAUGAAAGCGGGGGGCGUCGACGUGGUGAGUGUGGAAAUGCCGCGUGGGGCGCAUAUCACGUCGUUGAUGCAGAUGCCGUGCGCCGUGGGGUCGAUCGAGGGGUUUGUGAGAAAGGGGACGGGCGCCGUGGAUGCGGGCACGUGUUUGGGGGAUGGGUUGGACUUUUCGGUGUUGACGGCGACCACCGGUCUGAACACCACGGGGGAUGGUGGUGUGAACGCAAAGUCGGUGCCGAACAGUGGGACGUCGGGCGCCGUACGUGCGUGGGUGGUGGGACUUGUGACGGUUGUUGCCUUCAUGGUGAGCGUCGUUGCUUGAGCGGCCCCCAGCGGAUGAAGGACAAUAAGCUUAAUCCCGUGACAAGUCGCAUGCGCCAGCAUUAGACGCU